AUGCCAAUUCCAGAACAAUCUAUUUCUCCCGAGCUGAAUAUUCAUCAUCACAAAAACAAAUCCCGAGAAGUGAGUCAUCAUUACGAAGAUACUCGUCCUCAUUCCACUACUACUGAAUCAGAAAUCUCGGCACGACCACAUCAUUCCAUCAAGGAAAUGAUUAAUCCCACAUUGAGGGAGGCCCUAGAAGCGUUAACUUUGAAUUUACAAACAUUUAUGAAAUAUCUGGAUUAUCAUGAGAAGAAGAAUGGCCAGAAUGCAAUUUUUGGAAUCUCAACUCCUCUCAAUACUGCCUCAACGAAUAAUAGUGUCUCAAUUUCAAUGGGAACCAUUGAGAAAACGAAUGCAGUGCCAUCCUCAGCGAAUUAUGAGUAUCUUCAAAUAGAUCCUCAAUGCAUUGGAGAUGAUGAGAUUAUUCUCACUGAAAAAGAAUACAUGCAAUUAGAGGAAAUUUAUUUAAAUCCAAUUAAAUACCUCUCGGAUACUUUGAAAAUAUUGAAUGAAAGGAAUCAACAUGAAGAUGAAUAUCGUGACAAUAUUACUCCAACACCUAACUCUUCCAUGCUACAGAGUCCUGUCAUCAUUCAAGGAAGAGCUCGAAAACGAAAUUACAAUAAUUAG